AUGGGCCUCAUCAACUUGCUGCUCAAAUCGGUCAUAUUGCUGCUCGAUCUACGCGAUACAUACGACGCGCUCGGCUCGGCUAGGCUUUCAGAGAUUGGCAACGAGCACAAGACGGUCAUUGUGCGCAAUGCGCAGGAUGGAUCGAGGCAGGCAGCCACCCGGCGGCGGGUCGGCACUUCGAAACGCAAGGCAGCAGUUCGGUCGGCGCUCACAACAAUCCUGGUGUGGAAUCUCUUCCACAAGCUCGAGGCGGUCUGCGAUCGAACCAUCUCCUGGUUCGUUCCAUUCUAUGACUCCUUCAAAACGCUGUUCCUCGUAUGGAUGCUCUUCACGCGGAGCUACGGAGCGUCGAUCCUGGUCUACCGGUUCCUUGCGCCCCUAGUCCGGCCAUACGAGCACAUCAUCGAUGCCAUCAUUGGUCUUACACUGGCCCUCUCCGGCUGGAUUGCAUCACUCCUGGCUCCGGUCACCGAUAGCUGCACUACGCUCCUCCAUGGCAUUAUCUCUGCAGCCCCACAGUCCGCUCAGAGGAGACUGAGCACAGCACCUCUCAACCCACCGCUCGAGGCUCAGGCCGACUCGGUCCAAAGCACCUCGGUAUCGCCGAAAGGCAAGGGAAAGAGGAAGCCGCCCUCACCGCCGCCUCCAUCUCAGACAGUCUCGAGCCGCUCCAAGCCUGCUGCGCCCAGCCGGAGUGCGGCAUCGCAGACAGCUCGACAGACGCAGCUCGAGCCUGCAGCGGCCAGACGGCUAGUCACGAAAAAGGCCUCGAACGCGGAUCUGGCUGCAAAGCGCCGCAUCCUUCAGGAGCUACCUGUGCCUAGCCACGCGUUCGAACCGCAUGUUCCAAACACCACACCGGUCUCGCAGACCUCGUCAAUCAGUGCAUCCGUCACAGGCUCUCAGAGCGCGAUGGUCACAGCAGUCAAAGAAGAACCAAUAGACACCUCUGUGGGUCUGAACACAGCCAGUAGCAAUGGCUCCCCUCUGGCUGCGAUGCCACUUUCGACAAUUGCUGCAGAAGCCAAGCCAGAGCCGCCUCCAACGCCGCCGCCCACCGGCCUCCAGAACUACGCAUUUAUACCCGGGGUGACGCCGCAGCGCAAUGGUCCAUCCGCAUUGAUAUCGCCGACGCCACGCUUCCCCGGCGGCUUUGCGUUUUCCUUUGCCGCUUCUCAGGCUUCCGCGUCGACGAGCUCAUACCCCUUCCAGUUGCAAGCGAGAUUGCCUGCCACCGCUCAAAUGGCGCCACUGUCACUGUCUUCCUCGCAAGCGCCCCCGCUCAUGCUCCCGCUGGGAUCCAACAGCGUUGCGACGACGCACGAGACGGUCGCUUCAGCGCACGAUGAUCGGAUCGUGCCUCCGCCAGGCGGCGCCAAAGUGGUCCGAAAGACGCCUUCUUCGGGAUCCUUGAAGAGCAACACGAGGACGAUCACUGCAUCAACCGUGUCCAAAUCGACGACAGUCGCCAAUGGAAAGAAACGGAGCAGAGCAAAAGCAACAGAGGACCCAGAUACCGACGGACCGACGAGGUCCGAUGCUUCGAAACCUUCGCCGAGGAAGCGGUCCAAGCCUGCACCAGGUGCUUCUGCCAUGCGCAACGCCUCAGCUUCAGGCGGCCCAGCGACCGCCAGGGCCAAACGCGCGCCGACAAGCACAAGUGUCUCCAGCAAGGACAAGGCGGCGGUCCAGGCGUCCUCAGCUAAAGACGCCGCUGCAAAGAAAGCGACGGCUGCCAAGGGCAACGGAAAGUCCUCUGCGGCCCGGGCGAAUCCAGAUCCGGUUACCACAGGAGACAAGCCGGACAGCAAAUCGAGCGGCUCGCCGCGGAAGAAGUCGAUCACCGUCGCGACCACAAAAAGCAUCCCGUCGACCAAGCCGAGCCGCGUCGUCAAGAAGGUCUCCGCUGCGGGCAAGCCCGCGGCCGACAAGCCCGCCGAGUCCACCCCACCGGCGGAAGAGCCGCCUCCCACGCGACUCACGCGCAGCCGUACAAGACAACACCUCGCAGAUUGA